AUGGUUUUAAUUAAUUUACCUAUAAAAUUGAUUGAUCGUGAAGAUGCAUCAAUUAUUAUUGAUGAUCAGAGUACAAUCUCACAACUUCGUGAUAAAAUUGCUGAAGAAACUUUAAUUCCGAGAGAUGACCAGCGAAUAAUUUUUCGUGGAAAGCCUUUAAAUGACAAUUCAUUAAAACUUAUUAAUUGUGGUUUUGAAGAUAAAAUGGCUGUUCAUGUUGUUACUCGACCAAUUCCUCAAACUAAUAAUCCCACCACUUCUAGUUCUUCUUCAACUGAACAACAUCAAUUUCCACCAAAUAUUCAAAUUAAUUAUACAGCAGCAAAUCAGCCACAUAUUGUUACUCAAAAUGUUAUUUAUGGGCAAACAAUUGUUGGUGGUAUUACUGAAACUUUAAGAAAUAUUUAUCGAAUGGAGACGGAACACGCUUUGGUUAUGAAUAUGCCACGCAAUAAUGAUUUUUUAAUAAAUGUUACUUUUCGAAGUGUUCGACAGCUUAUUAUUGAUAGUUCCGCAUAUGAACGUUUUGACAAUUUAAAAAAUUCAAUUAAAAGUCUUGCGUGGCUUUUUGCUUUGAUUAAGUCUCAAUUAAUUGAUAAAAUUGAUUUAAUAAUUUAUGGACAAGAAUUGGACAUUGAAAGGCAAUAUAGAAAUAUUGCAAAUAUUUUGUGGGUUAUGCAUGCAUUUGAUGCUUGUGAUGAAAUUCAAAUGAAUAAUUUAAUUCAAAAUGAGAGAGAUAUUGAGAUUUGUUCAUUAAUUGAACAGUUAAAUAAUUGGCAAAUACCUAAUGAUGAAAACCAUAUUCAGCAUAUUAAUAAUUUACAUCAUCCGGCUAUUGUUAGGUUUGAUAAUUCUUAUGCAUCUCGUUUACUUAAUUAUUUUUGUAAUGGAAUUUCUCGUAUUCAAAAUAUUCUUGGGUAUAUUCAUAUUGAAAUUAGUGCAUUUCAUUUACAUCUAAAUCAAAAUCAACAUAAUCGUUUAUAUCCAAUUUAUGACCAACAUAGAAGAAUAGAAGAACCUUUACGGGCUGAAAUUUCUCUUUUAUUUUCUGAUGCUUCUACAAAUUUGCCUAGUCAGACACCAACAUAUCGAACUCAAGCUACCCAAGCUUCACGUUCGAAUUCUUUGCCCCGUCAACAAACAAGAGCUUCUGGUUCUAGUACUUUAAGUUCUGUCAUUAAUGGAUUUACUCAUUUUGCACAACAAUUAAUGUCUCGCCAAAACAACGAUGACACUUCUAUCUCUUCUGAACGUUCAUCUACCAAUUCUAAUGAAAAUCAACCAAAUAUUCCACCUCGAGUGCCUCUUCCAUCUGAUUUUUUUAAUCCUCCUUCAAAUUUACCGCCAGAAAUUGCAAAUCAUGUUUAUCAAUUAAUAUCGCAGAGUAUUGCUUCUACGGGACAACAAACUUCUAGACCUGCUGAUCCACGUCCAACUCCACGUAAUAUUAUGUUAGUUGGCAUUAGUUCUCAAUCUACAGAUCAUCUGUUGCCUAUGGGUCAGCAUUUACCUAAUGUUCAUCCACCUAUUCUUGCAGUCAAUCCGAGAGACGCUGAGUUUUGGAAUGACCCACAAACUAUAGCUCUGGGUCUUCAUCCACCUCCACAAUUACAACCACAUCAAAUUCUUCAUAAUCGUUCAUUAUCUGGUCAACGUAUUCCUUCUAUUAGAGGUGAACAAAUUGCUAAUAUGUUUAAUGAACGUAUUAGAGUAUUUAAUGAAUUGGAUCAAUUUGCGCUUUUUGUUCGUCAAACACUUGAAUCAAUCGUUAAUUGUAUGGUACAACAUGAUUCUAGUAUUUUAAGAGAUCAAUCGAGACCUUCAAGUACUUCUGAAAGUGGAGGUGAAAGUGGAGAUUCUAUGGAUGUAAAUAAUUCUGACGUUAAUUCUGCCACUUCUUUGCCAAAUAAUUCAACUCAAGAGCCUUUUUCUUCAUUUACUAUGCCAAAUUACAAUAAUUCGGGAAAUAAUUAA